AUGGCGCAUCCACAAACAGCAUUCGCUUCGCCGCAGGGCGGUGGGGGAGCAAGCGUGUUUUCGCCCCUCAACAUCAUCUGGUUGUUGCAUGCAGCUUUGGAAGGCCCCAUCUCCUUUAUCGGGCUCUUCUUCACGCGCAGCUUGCAGUUCAAGGACGAGAUCACCAACACCAUGGCUGUGGUCAUCAAGCUAUAUGCAACGCUCUCGCUGUCGCUUGCGAUCAUCUGCAUGCUGCUAUACGGUCUGCCUGACUACCUUCCCGGUAAACGUGCGGCUGCGAUUCUGCUGCUGCUCUACCACGGUGUAGCUUCCUCCGUGCUGCUCAACGCCGAGCCGUUCAUCGACUUUGCGUUCCCGGAGCUGCUCGCAAAGCACGGCGUGAGGGUGGAGGCGGUCGCGGGGGUUGCACAUGGGUUCAUGUCCCUGUUGACGGUGUCGUGGUGGCAGUCGUCAUUGGGUUCGGUCCGUGCGUAUGGCGGCGGGGCUGCCCCUGCUGCUGGUAGGAGUGGCGCUACUCCCAAGAAGACUGGCGGCAAGCGGAAGUAA